CCCCGAAAUCCCAAACCCCUGAACCCCUGAACCUCUGCAUCCUGAACCUCAGAACAUCAUUGGCCGCUUUUUGGGGAGCAGAGCCGGAGGUGCACUUUUUCCCCCCCACUUUUUAAUUUUUUUUCCCUUUUUUUCUCCCCUUUGGCAUCCCCCCCUCGGGGCUCCCCCCCAGCCAUGGGGCUGCUCCGGGGGGGCCCUCGCCGGGCGGGCGAGCAACUGUAACCCGCCCCAGGGGGGCACGGAGGAACAGGGAGGGUCCUCCAGUGGAGCAGCACUCGGACCUUUGGGGGUGGCCAUGGCCCCCCGGAGCCGUGGGCGAAUGGAGCGGAGCUACGUGGUGGGCAUCUGCUGCCUGGUGCUGCUGGAGCGGAGCUGGGGUGUUGAGCCCGGCACUGGGGACGGCGGUAACAGCAGCCGGGCACCGGCGGUGGAGGACACGGCCCCCGCGCCCACUGAGCCCACACCAGGAGGGGACCGUUGCCGUGGGUAUUACGACGUGAUGGGGCAGUGGGAUCCUCCGUUCAACUGCAAUGCCGGCAUCUACCAGUACUGCUGCGGGACCUGCGGGUACCGCUUCUGCUGCCAAUUCAAGGCCGGGCGGCUGGACCAGAGCGGCUGCUCCAACUAUGACACCCCCAACUGGGUGAACACGGGGCAGCCGCCCGCCCGUGUGGAUGAGAGCCCCGAGGGCCCCACCCGUGACAAGACCAACAUGAUCGUCUACAUCAUCUGCGGCGUGGUGGCCAUCAUGGUGCUGGUGGGCAUCUUCACCAAGCUGGGCCUGGAGAAGGCACAGGGACCCCAGACCGAGAUGACGGUCUCCAGGACGCUCACUGACCUGCUGAAGCAGCCGGGCCAUGGCCCCUCCGAGCACAUCGAUGGCCUGAUGGGUGGCGUACAGGUGCAGUUGGGCGAGGGGCUACCCCGGGGGCCUCCCAGGAAUGGCACAGACAAGUUGCCCCUGAACAACGCGGUGGACAGCACCAGUGUUCCCCCGCUGGGGCGGACCCAUGGCCACAGCAAGCGCCCGCCGCUGGGCAGCGGCCUGAGCCCGCCAGCCCCCAGCUAUACGGCCUACACCGCGCUCACAGCUGGAGAGAGCACUCCUGAGGACUUCUACAUGCAUUUUGGGGGGUCAGAGGUGCCCCCCACCAGCACUCUGCCCUUCCCAACUGCUGAGGGGCCUGAGGGCUGCCCCCCACCAGGGCUCACCAAGGCCAAGGGCCUCCCCAAAGCACCGGGGGGCCCGGCCUUCCCAGGGGGCUGGGAAGGAGGCCUCCCCCGGGCCCUACGCCGGCCUGGGCCCACGGCACCGCUGUACAGCCAGGCCCACCGACACCUGGCCACCAACAGCAAGACCGAGGUCACCGUCUGAUGCCGGGACCAGGGAGGUGCCAUCACCACGCGACACACGAGUUGCGGCUGUUCUCAGCUCACUCCAUGGAUGGGCGAUGGACUAAAGCAGCAGGAUGGCUGCACAGCCUCGUAUC